AAGCAAUUUUCAUUCGAAAAAGUUUGUGGAAUUUCAAAAUUUCUAUUUUAACAAGCAGCUAGUCAGCAUUAAAAAUUCAUAUCAGCCUAAUAAGUCAUGGCAGCAUUGAGCGAUGAGCAAUUGAGAGCAAUAAAGACUGAACAGUUUGCUAAGGAAUUUAAAGAAGCAGCGAAGGAAGUGAUGUUUAAUGCUGCAAAAUUGAAGUCAGCACAAGAUCGUGUACGAAUAUGUGAGUGGCUGCACAAAUUAAGAGAAUUGCGAAAUGAUAAGCUUGAUGAGGCAAAUAUGAAGAAUGAGUACAUGCAAUAUUUGAGGAUGAGUUUGUCGGGUGAAUAUUAUAUCCUGACGAAGCCCUUUUCGUCACAACCCCCCAAGAAAUUAGUUCCAUUUGGCGAAUGUAUCGCAAAUAAAACAUGCGAUUUUAUUCCCAAUAUUCCACGAUGUGGACAAAUACAGCCAAUACUCUGUCAUAAGUCAGAUGAUAAUCGUGCCUUCAUGUGUGUCAAGAGAACACCAGAUAAUGGCAUUUUGUGCUAUAUGGCUGUCAGCCCCGAUUCUUUGUCAAUCAAGGAAUAAAACUAGUUGAAACGUUAUUUUCUUUCGCAUUUUACUGCCGAUAUUUAACCGUUUUUAAAAAUUUGAGCAGGGUUUUCAAAAAAUUAUUGACAAUUAUUUAUUCAAAUAUAUUU